AGUAAUCGAAUUUUCGUUGUAGUCUUCGUCUACGAGCGAGCUCUCUCUCCUCUCUCUCUCUCGCUCUCGAUCUAACCAAGCCAGACCCAGCGAAGAAGGAAGAGGCAAACUCUCUGAUAUUCUCUCUCUCACUUUCUCGCUCACUGAAAUUCGAAUAGAGAUGAAAGAGAGUAGAGACAAGAGUGAUAGACGUUCAAAAUCUUCAUCUGUUAGCUCACUUCCACUCAUCUUGGACAUAGACGACUUUAAGGGGGAGUUUUCUUUUGAUGCAUUGUUCGGUAACCUUGUAAAUGAGCUGCUUCCUUCUUUUCAAGAAGAAGAAACAGACUCAUCUGAAGGUCAUAGCAACCUCAGUGGGAAUGAUUCUUUACAAAAUGGACAUAUGCGAGUACCAUCAGAUGCAGCAAAAUUUGCGCAAGGACUUUCAGACCCUUUAUUUCCAGAAGUAGAUAAGAUAUUAUCUCUGUUCAAGGAUUCUUGUAAAGAGUUGGUUGAUCUCCAGAAACAGAUUGAUGGAAGACUCUACAAUCUUAAGAAGGAGGUUUCUGUACAAGAUUCUAAGCACCGCAAGACACUUGUUGAGCUUGAAAAAGGAGUAGAUGGCUUGUUUGGUAGCUUUGCCAGGUUGGAUUCACGUAUAUCAAGUGUUGGCCAGACCGCUGCAAAAAUAGGAGAUCAUCUGCAGAGUGCAGAUGCUCAGCGGGAAACUGCUAGUCAAACAAUAGAGCUUAUAAAGUACUUGAUGGAGUUCAAUAGCAGCCCAGGCGAUCUCAUGGAACUUUCACCCCUGUUUUCUGAUGAUAGCCGUGUUGCAGAGGCUGCUAAAAUUGCACAAAAAUUGAGGGCCUUUGCUGAGGAAGAUAUUGGAAGACAGGGGAUAUCUGUACCAUCAGGCAAUGCAACAGCUAGCAGAGGGUUAGAAGUUGCAGUUGCUAAUCUUCAGGACUACUGCAAUGAAUUGGAGAACAGAUUGCUAUCUCGUUUUGAUACUGCAUCACAGAGAAGAGAAUUGUCAACCAUGGCAGAAUGUGCUAAAAUAUUAUCUCAGUUUAACAGGGGCUCUAGUGCUAUGCAACAUUAUGUGGCAACACGUCCAAUGUUUAUUGACGUGGAAGUCAUGAAUGCAGAUACCAGAUUGGUUCUUGGUGAUGAGGGUUCACAGGCUAGUCCUAGCAAUGUUGCUCGUGGACUUUCUUCCUUGUAUAAAGAAAUCACAGACACUGUACGUAAGGAGGCUGCAACAAUUAUGGCUGUCUUCCCUUCUCCAAAUGAAGUUAUGUCAAUCUUAGUUCAGCGAGUUUUGGAGCAGAGAGUUACUGCUUUACUGGACAAAUUAUUAGUGAAGCCAUCUUUGGUGAAUCUACCUCCCAUGGAAGAAGGCGGACUUCUAUUGUAUCUUAGAAUGCUAGCAGUGGCAUAUGAGAAGACACAAGAACUUGCUAGGGAUCUACGAGCUGUGGGAUGUGGUGACUUGGAUAUUGAAGGCCUCACGGAGUCUCUGUUUUCUUCUCACAAGGAUGGAUAUCCUGAACAUGAGCAGGCCUCUCUUAAACAACUAUAUCAUGCUAAGAUGGCAGAACUACGUGCUGAAAACCAACAGAUACCUGAAUCAGGUGGAACAAUCGGGCGCUCAAAAAGCACUGCAGUAGCAUCUUCCCACCAGCAAAUAUCCGUCACUGUUGUGACAGAGUUUGUUCGUUGGAAUGAAGAAGCCAUUGCCAGAUGCACUUUGUUUUCAUCUCAACCUGCAACACUUGCAGCAAAUGUAAAAGCAGUGUUCACUUCCCUGCUAGACCAAGUCAGUCAAUAUAUAACGGAAGGUCUUGAGCGAGCAAGAGAUGGCCUGACUGAAGCUGCAGCUUUGAGGGAAAGAUUUGUACUGGGCACUAGCGUUAGUAGAAGGGUGGCUGCUGCUGCUGCUUCUGCUGCAGAAGCUGCUGCUGCGGCUGGUGAAAGCAGUUUCAGAUCUUUCAUGGUUGCUGUACAACGCUGCGGUAGUAGUGUGGCUAUAGUUCAGCAAUAUUUUUCAAAUUCUAUAUCUCGGCUCCUACUCCCUGUUGAUGGUGCACAUGCUGCUUCUUGUGAAGAAAUGGCAACAGCUAUGUCCAGUGCAGAGGGUGCCGCAUAUAAAGGGCUUCAACAGUGCAUUGAAACUGUGAUGGCAGAGGUGGAGCGGUUACUUUCUGCUGAACAGAAGGUAACUGAUUAUAGAUCACCUGAAGAUGGAUUUGCUCCUGAUCAUCGGCCAACAAAUGCCUGUACAAGAGUUGUAGCGUAUCUUUCCCGUGUGCUAGAAUCAGCAUUCACGGCACUUGAAGGUCUUAACAAACAAGCAUUCCUGACUGAAUUAGGAAGCCGCUUGCAUAAAGGGCUGCUAAAUCAUUGGCAGAAGUUCACUUUUAAUCCAAGUGGAGGACUGCGGCUGAAGCGUGACAUAACUGAAUAUGGAGAAUUUGUGCGUAGUUUCAAUGCUCCUUCCGUCGAUGAAAAAUUUGAAUUGCUGGGAAUAAUGGCCAAUGUCUUCAUUGUUGCUCCUGAAAGUCUCUCGACUCUAUUUGAGGGCACGCCAAGUAUACGGAAAGAUGCACAAAGGUUUAUUGAGCUUCGAGACGACUACAAGAGUGCAAAGCUUGCUGCCAGACUUAGUUCCUUGUGGACAAGUUCUAGUUGAUGCGGAAGCAGUACGCUGAUUAGAUACGCCCUCCCAAAUUUUACUUGUCAUCAAGCUGUUGCAGAGCUUAGAAAGAAGGCACAUCAAGUUGAAUUCAUUUGGAAGCACAGACGCCAAGCUAGGGAGCCAGUUCUAAGUAACUGGCUGGCUAAGGAGCUCAUUGUCGGCGCAUUGAAUCCAAAAUUGUUUGAUUUUCUUUCCCAUUUUGUUGAAGUGUUUAUUUUUGAAGGUAUAAAUAGGAGGACCAGAAAAGAUUGUAGUCUUUAGAGCUUUAAUUCGUUUGCUAGGCUUGCAAAUUUGAUUCGACAACAUGAGGAUAUGAAUCAAAUGAUGAAUUCGUUGAACUGAAUUAGCUAAUUUUCGAGGUGCAUGUAUUGUUGUUUCUUA